UUUCAGCGUGCAUCUCAGGUUCGCACUGUUUGCGAAAUGGACGUCGAAGAAACUCAAAAACGACAACAAGGCAAAGACGACCGGCCGUUAGUAGUAAUUCACCGCCCUCCGUCCUCCGACAACCCAUUCAGAGACCGUCUCGAGCGUCACUUUAACCUCCUCGACCCACAGGACCAUUAUCCCAACCCGACCCAUCUCUUUCUUCUCAACAACGCCCGAACCGCACGUGUCUUGCUCUAUCUGGGCCUCCCCACUGCUAUCUCUAAGGAGCUCCUCUCUUUACUCCCAUCUCUUCAGCUCAUUGUGGGGUCCAGUUCCGGCGUUGACCAUGUUGACUUAACGGAGUGCCGGCGGAGGGGAAUUCAAGUUACUAAUGCUGGCUCUGCUUUCUCUGAGGAUGUUGCUGAUUAUGCUGUGGGUUUGCUGAUUGAUGUGUUGAGGAAAAUUUCUUCUGCUGAUCGGUUCGUUCGAGCCGGCCGCUGGCCUGGUCAGGGAGAUUAUCCUCUUGGUUUUAAGUUAGGAAAAAAGCGAAUUGGGAUUGUAGGACUAGGAAAUAUAGGCUCGGAAGUUGCUAAAAGGAUCGUAUCAUUCGGCUGCAAGAUUUCCUACACAUCGCGAAAGAAGAAGCCUUUUGUUACAUUUCCGUAUUACUCGAAUGUUGGUGAUCUUGCAACCAAUAGUGAUGUUUUAAUUCUCUGCUGUGCAUUGACUGAGGAAACCUAUCACAUGAUAAAUAAAGAUGUCAUGGUUGCUUUAGGAAAGGAAGGAGUGAUCGUUAAUGUUGGGCGUGGGGAACUUAUCGAUGAGAAGGAAUUGGUAAGGUUGUUAGCGAGAGGUGAAGUGGGUGGUGCAGGGCUUGAUGUAUUCGAGAAUGAACCUCAGGUGCCGAGUGAGUUAUCUGCGUUAGAUAACGUUGUGUUGUCUCCUCAUCUGGCAUUUGCCACUCCAGAAUGCAUUGAUGCUGUGGAAGAAUUGAUUAUGUACAAUUUGAAGGCCUUCUUUGAAGACAAACCUUUGCGGUCAGUUGUCAAACUUGACUAAAGUAUAGGCUUCUCUUCUGCAAAUUCCAUCUGUAAGCUGUUUUCUAUAGUGAGGGCAGUAGAAAUUAUGCCUCACUGCUAAUGCAGAGUAGCAUGGAAAUUGGAAAGUGCAGCUUCUUGAAAUGAAAUUACAGGUAAAAUUUUCAAAACUUGGUAUUUCUAGGUUUAUAUGUCGGAAAUCUCUGAUAUAUUUUGCUCUGAUGUCCUGUUCUAUUGAUUAGCCUGUUAAAUUAUUGUUAAAAAUUAAAUAAUCAUGAGCAGAGGUUUUUAAGAACAAAAUGUAGAAGAGCUUCACGAGUCUGAAAGACUGAAUGGAAAGAGGCUGACUGAUUUUUAUUAUAUACAUUGAAUUAAUUUCUGAAUUCAGACAUAGUAAUUGACCACCAAUACUCAUCCAUAGGAGUCAGAAUGACUGUAUAUUGUUCAGUGAAACAGUUAACCCGCCAUAAUACAAGUUUAAGGUCAAGGCUUAUGUUCAGUGUUAGGGACGGUCUCUUGGAUCGUCUUGAAAAGUUUAUGCUCAAUAUGUUGAGCAAAAGUGCGAGGAGGGAACAUCGCUGGUUCUUUCUCAGUCACAACAUCCAGCAAUGGCUUAAGGAUGAUUUUCUCCUUUGGCGGCUCACAAAAAACUGCCCAAGAAAUCCUGACCUUCUCCUUAUUAACAAGCCCUCUAUGAAGAAUACUUUUAUACUUUCCAUUACUUAAGAUCUCUAUUGUAUCUCCAAUGUGCAUGAUGAUGGAGUUUUGAAUGCAUUUUGCUGUAACCCAUUUGCUUUGAUAAAAAAGUUGCAGACCAGGAACCAUGUUAUGGAGGAUGAAAGUGAGUGCACUUAUAUCAGUAUGAGCUUCGACUCCGAGUGCAAGUUCUGGCUGAGGGCAUUUUGGGUAGUAGUUGAUUUUCAUUUGUAGUUGUAGCUCGUCGACCUCUUUUUCGAGUCUUUGUUCUUCGAGUCCUAAUCCAAGUGACAAUAUAGACAUGAUUUUUGUUGCUAGUGCUCUUAGUUUCCUUGCAUACUCACUUGUCACCUCUCUGCAAAUAUUUUUGUCUUGGAUUUGUUAGUUCUUAGAGAGUGUUAGUUAUAUAUUUGUAUGUCACCGAAAGAGACUCAAUAUGUUUUGGGGUUAAAUGUUUUUACAGUUAUUGAAAUAUACUUCCUUUACAAAUGGUUA